GGCGCCGUAGGCCCCGUGGCGCUUUGUUGCACUUCAGCGGUGAUCGUGGUGAUUGGACUUGGCGCGAAUUUGUUUAGAUGGUGCGUUAGUGUUCAGUGAUAUACAGGAAAUUUUUAUACCUUUAUUCGUAAGUUUGAGAAUUUGGUGAAAUGAGCACCCAGCCGGAAUCUUCAGCAAAUGAAAAUGGUGACGGUGAAAUCAAAGCAAUGGAUGUUAAUUUGAAAAAUGCUAGGGGAAAUCCUGACACAGUUAACCUUGCCCAACCUCCCGUAGAAGUAAGAGAAUUGGAGUAUGUAGAAGGAAUGAUGCAUGUCAGUAAGGAAAACAAGGAAAAAUGUACAGGAAAUAACAGUUUAAUGUCAGAUAUUAUUGAUGAUACAAAAAGUUACGAAAACAAGGGACUGUUGCCUUCACCUGACAACUUGAAUAGAAGUAAUCUCCCUACACAUACUAUCAGUCCUGUUUCAUCAAAUUGCAAUUCCGAUUAUUUUAACGCUGCAGGAGAUGCUGCUGUAAGUGUUGAACAUGAGGAAUAUCAGUAUUUAAAUCAUAUUGAUAGAAUCAUUAAACAUGGCUUCAAGAGGUGUGAUCGCACUGGAGUUGGCACUUAUUCCUUGUUUGGAGCACAGAUGCGAUAUUCUUUGAGAAAUGGGGUGUUUCCACUUCUAACAACCAAGAGAGUGUUCUGGCGUGCAGUGGUGGAAGAACUGCUGUGGUUCAUUAGAGGCUCCACAAAUGCCAAAGAGCUACAAGAAAAGAAUAUCCACAUUUGGGAUGGUAACAGUUCACGGCAGUUCCUCGACUCUUUGGGAUUUAAUGAUCGAAUUGAAGGAGACCUUGGACCUGUGUAUGGAUUUCAGUGGCGUCACUUUGGAGCUGAAUAUAAGGACAUGCACACUGACUAUGCUGGUCAAGGUAUUGAUCAACUCCAGCAAGUAAUCAACACACUGAAGUCCAAACCAUAUGAUCGUCGCAUGAUCAUCUGUUCAUGGAAUCCUACUGAUAUACCGAAAAUGGCUCUUCCACCAUGUCACUGCCUUGUUCAAUUCUACGUUGCCAAUGACGAGCUCUUCUGCCAGCUGUAUCAGCGUUCAGCAGACAUGGGGCUUGGAGUACCAUUUAAUAUUGCUAGUUAUGCAUUACUAACUUACAUGGUUGCAAAGGUGACAGGUCUAAAGCCAGGUGAAUUUAUUCACACAAUGGGAGACAACCAUGUAUAUCUGAAUCAUGUGGCAGCAUUGAAGGAACAACUGAAACGCAAGCCUCGGCCUUUUCCAACAUUACGCAUCACUAGAGAAGUUCAAAACAUUGAAGAUUUCCAAUAUGAUGACUUUGAGUUGUGUAACUAUAGACCACAUCCCAAGAUCAGUAUGGAGAUGGCUGUAUAAAUAUUUCAUUGAACACUGUUAAAGGCAUUUAGUAUGUUUUGUGCUGAACAGCUUAAUUAAAAAACAAAAUCUGUAUUUUUUGUAGA